UUUUCUUUCUUGUUCGCUUUCCAUUUUCCGUUGUUCCUGUGGGAUAAUCAACAUUAACAGAUUCAAUAAAAAAAAAGGAGGAAAAAAGGAAAAUACUGGCAAUAUUAUCCCAUGGGGACCUGCAUGUCUGUGCAGGGCAAUCCAAGAUUCUUGAAGAAAUCCAGACAACAAAAGCCAAUAUCGUACUACGAAUCCGAACAUGGCAAGGAUGCAAGUGGAAAGACAUCGAUGCCCUUAUCGCAAAAAAUGUCACGUCCAAUCCAAGUUCUAAAAGAUCCGACGCCGGACAACAUUUUCAAGAAAUACGAAUUUGGGAAAGAAUUGGGGAGGGGUGAAUUUGGAAUUACAUAUCAAUGUAGUGCCAUUGAAAAUGGGGAGACAGUUGCAUGCAAGAAAAUAUCAAAGAAUAAACUUAGGACAGAAAUUGACGUUGAGGAUGUAAGAAGAGAGGUUGAAAUAAUGAGACAUUUACCAAAACACCCUAAUAUUGUUAGGUACAAGGAGGUUUUUGAGGACAAAGAUGCCAUUUACUUGGUUAUGGAGCUUUGUGAAGGUGGAGAAUUGUUUGAUAGGAUUGUUGCAAGAGGACAUUAUACUGAAAGAGCUGCUGCCCUUGUUACAAAAACCAUUCUUGAGGUUGUCAAGGUAUGCCAUAAACAUGGAGUAAUACAUAGAGAUCUUAAACCGGAGAACUUUUUAUAUGCAAGCACUGCUGAAGAUGCUCCACUCAAGGCUAUUGAUUUUGGCCUUUCCAUAUUUUUUGAGCCUGGUCAGAGAUUUGCUGAAAUUGUUGGGAGCCCAUAUUACAUGGCCCCUGAAGUCCUUAGACGUAAUUAUGGAGAAGAAGUUGAUGUGUGGAGUACAGGCGUUAUUCUUUACAUCUUGCUAUGUGGAGUUCCACCCUUCUGGGCAGACACGGAAGAGGGAAUUGCACAUGCAAUUGUGCGAGGAGAAAUAGAUUUUAAAAGGGAUCCAUGGCCAAGAAUUUCUGAAGAUGCCAAGGAUCUGGUUAAGGGUAUGCUGGAGCAAAAUCCUUACACCCGCUUCUCAGUUGAAGAAGUCUUAGAAAAUAAAUGGAUUCAAAAUGCCGAUAAGGUCUCGAAUGUUCCAUUGGGAGAAGGUGUAAGAACGAGAAUCAAGCAGUUCUCAUUGAUGAAUAAAUUCAAGAAAAGAGUUCUAAGAGUGGUAGCAGACAACUUGCCAGACGAUCAAGUCGAUGGAAUUAAAAAAAUGUUCCAUUUGAUGGAUACAGACAAAAAUGGAAACCUUAGUUUCCAAGAGCUCAAAGAUGGUCUAAAUAUGAUUGGACAUUCAAUUCCUGAUGCUGAUGUACAAAUGCUACUCGAUGCAGCCGAUAUUGAUGGAAACGGCAUGCUCAACUGUGAAGAGUUUUUGACACUCGCCGUUCACCUGAAAAGGAUGAGUGGUGAAGAUCAUCUCAAUCAAGCUUUUCUUUACUUUGACAAGAAUGGGAGUGGAUAUAUUGAGUUCGAGGAGUUGAGAGAGUCUUUGUUAGAUGAACAUCCUGAUCCUACCAGUGACCAGCUCGUACAAGACAUCAUAUUUGAUGCCGAUUUGGACAAGGAUGGACGAAUUAGUUAUGCGGAGUUCAAAGUGAUGAUGACAAAGGGCAUGGAUUGGAAGAUGGCUUCUCGACAAUACUCUAGGGCAAUGCUAAAUGCCCUAAGCAUGAGACUUUUCAAAGACAAAUCUUUGAUGGUGAAAAACUAAAAUUGUUUAAUUAACUUUUGUUGUUGGGCAAGAGCAAAAUGCAAAUGCUUAUUUUUGGUUCUCCAAAUUCACACAUAAAAUUAAGCCCCAUUUUUGUGGGUUUGGGCCCAUUUGAUAAAAGGAUGUUCUAUGUGGUAUUGCAUUUUUUUUUU